AAAAUUCUAUCUCUGCCAAAACGCAGCAUUACCAAAUAUUUCCCACAGUGCUUUGCUCCUCAGAACAUGAUCCAUAUAUAAGGCUGGGCAUUCGCCCAUACAGGCUACGCAGCGCAGAGGAAUCCUACAGGAAGGUUCAGUGCAACCAAAAUCCAGGAAGAAGAAAGAUGAAAGCCUUGCUCUUUCUGUGUGUGAGCGCAGCCCUCGUCCAUGUGGCCAUCUUAUAUGAUGGUUACCUUAAACUGAAAGUUAACAAUCAUUACCCACCUCUGAAUCCCCAAGACUAUAUGUAUAUGAUUGUAGCUUUCAAGACAGAAGCCCUGGAUGGCCUGUAUGAUGCUCUUGAAGAUCCCGACAGCAGUGUGAGCCCCACCAAAGAUAUAACCAUAUUCACCGACAACAAAUGGCAUCCUCAAAACCCCAAACUUAAAACAUUGUCCAAAGAUUUUUCCUCCCCCGAGGCGGCCAUGAGCAGUGUGAACGCCUUCGUGAAAGAAAACACCAGUGGAAAAAUUGCCAAUUUAGUGGGGAAUCUUAAUGACUACACAGUGACAGCUAUUGUCAAUACCAACAACGCCUUGAAAGUGCCAUCUGCAGGUGGAAGUGGCUGGACAAAACAAUUGGAUGGACAGUACAAGAUGGUGGAAAAUAAAGCCCUGGGGGUCAAGGUCAUUGAAUUACCAUACAGUCCCUAUUUAUCCAUUCUUCUCGCUAUACCUUCUCCAGGAAAAGAAGAAGAAGUGGGCAAGAGCCUCACCUCACCAACCAUCGAGGCUCUGAGGAAGUCUAUGACUCUCCAGCAAGUAAGCAUGAAGGUUCCCAGAGCCACAAUUUUUGCUGCGUCCUUCAUGGCUGUGGACAUAGUUCCUUUGGAUGAUGAGGAGCUUAUCAGGACUAGGUACGGCUAUAAAGUGGCAAUGCAGUUCCCAUAGACGGAGGAUAUACCACUCAGAGGUCAGGACUACUCCAUAUGCCAGGAGCCUACUUAAAUCCUCAACAUAGCACUGUGUAAUAUUCACCUUAAAUAAAGAUAUAUCUCACAUGA